GAGGAUGUGUCGGGCAUUCGUUUGCGUUUUGCUGCAUUAUUGAAAUUCGAGAUUGUAGAAAUUACGCAUUGGCCUGAGUGCAGCACUCUUUGCGAAACAACACAUAAAAAAAAUCCAAUGCAAAUUGUUAUUAUCGAAACCGGGACUGCUAAACAAUAAUAAGCAGCCGAGGGCGCGACAAAACAAAGCUUUAUCAGACGCUGCAGAACGCAAAUUAAAGCAUAUAUCGCGCCUCGCAUACAAAAUUUACAGUUACAACAUUAACACAACUUAAAGUGCCCAAAUAUAUAUAAGAAACUCGCAGACGUCGACAUUGAAGAGUGCCUGCAAAGAAAAAAAAACGUUACGGACCGCUAUUCCGGAUAAAAAUCGAUUAGUAGUUGUGGUUAAACAAUUUCAGGGCGCGCAGUAAUUCAAAGGCUUUUAUGUCAUUAUUACUAUGAAAUUGGAUGCAAUUGUUGAAUGGUACCAGAAAAAAAUAGGCACCUAUGAUAAGCAAGAAUGGGAGAAGACUGUCGAGCAGCGCAUCUUGGAUGGUUUUAACAGCGUUAACUUGAAGAAUACCAAACUAAAGACCGAACUGAUUGAUGUGGAUUUGGUGCGGGGCUCCACAUUUCCUAAGGCAAAGCCAAAACAAACUUUAGUAACUGUGAUACGUUUGGCCGUAUUGCGCUAUUUAUUGUUGCCACUCUAUUCGCAAUGGUGGGUCAAGCAAACCACGCCAAACGCCUUUGGCAUCAUUCUCUGCCUGUACGUCACACAAAUGAUCAAUUGGGCCAUAUACAUUUUAAAUAGCAAUCGCAUUGUGCCUCAAAACUCAGUGCAGCUGCCGGGUACGGUUGCCAAUACAACCGCUCAAGAUGCUGAAAAGCAGGCGGAAGAGCAUGCCGAUCUGCUUAGUGCUCUGCUGAUACCAAUGGGGCUUAGUUUGCUAAUCAGUUUAAUACACUCACAAAUUGUGGCAACUAAUAGUACGCCUUCUGGCAAUAAAACCAAGUUGCGACGCUUCUCCACAACCAAUUUCAAUGACAAAUCCACAGCACGUGAGACGCGACCAAGGCGGCGUAAGAAGUUUGUGCGAAUUCGUCAACCAGAAAGCGAAUGCGUGCCAGCAAAUAGCAACACUUCUCUGUCGCGGCGCACAGCUAGCGCAAAGAUAGCGUCAAGUACUGGUAGCAAUAUUGAAGUUCUUCCUAAGACGCCAUCGCCCACAGCCAUACCAGCAAUCUCAGCUUUAGCCCUUGCAGCACCCGCCGCAAGCGUACCCAAGAUUCCAAACAAACCGUGCAGUUGUCUAAGCGCUCAGCCCACACCUUCUAUUAUGCUGAAGCGCACCGAUAGCGAGGAGACAUAUUUGACUACAACUGCCAUCAUUUCGCAACCUCAUCAAGGCCAAACAGCAGCGGCCGACAGCACAACCAUUACAACGGACUCCCUAUACGAUCUCAGAGCUACCGCCAACGAACAAGUGGCCGCAUUAACGACUGAUAGUCCGCAUAAAAAACGCAACGUCAAUUGGCACACCCCCAUUCAAAUCUGUGCCACAUUCGACCAGCACGAACAACCAACCUCAACACAAAGUCUUAAAACUUUAGCCGUCUCCAGUGAGAUAAAAGCUUCCGGUAGCAGUGGCAGCGUUGAAAACCUAGAGCCUGCUUUUCAGCCUCGUCGCAACAUUGGAGAAGACGAUGGCUUUGAGAGUUUGAACGGCAAAAGCUCCAGUGGCGAGGACAACAAUCAUUCGCCUCUGCCGAGCAGUAGUAAUGCUUCACCAGCUGCUCCAGGAACAGCUGCUGCACCCACAACAAGCCAGCUACGAUUGCGCCUCAACGUUUCGAGUACGGCCACAAGCACGAACACCGCCAUCGGUGUGGAAAAGAAAUCCCAGACCCGUGGCAAUGAGUCCACCACCAGCUGUGCAGAGUCCGAUGAAUGCGAUGACGUUGAUAUCAUAUCUAGUCCCGCUUCGGCCUGCAAUAAUGAGUGCACAACAUCUGCAACGGACUGGUUGGGUGUUACAACCAACAGCGAGGAUUGCAGCUACACCUCAGAGAUGGAACAUUCGGAUGGCUAUAAGCAUCAACAAGCAACUGACGAAGAGUACGCAGACCUGGAUAUAACGCCCACUACCAUAUUAAAUCCACACAGCACCAUGGAUCGCAUUAGCUGCACCAUUUGGGAUCAGCGUGACACUAAAAAGGCCCAAAUGUCUGUGCUUGAGAUCGCCUCCUGUAUUAUUGAACGCGUCGAUUCGAUGGCUGAAACAAAUGAUUACAUUUAUAUUGGAAUAUUUUUCUCAUUUCUGCUAACACUCAUACCCACUUUCUGUCGUUUGUGCGAGAUUACCAUUGAUGCGGAUAAGAGCAGCGAGAUAAGCUAUUUCUAUAUACCCAUAAUGCUGUGGGAGAAGUCAUCGGCAUCGUUCUUCACACUUUUGGGCUUUGCUUUUGGUGAGGCCCGUUGGGAGCGUGCAGUGCUUGCCUUGGGAUUUGUGCAGCGUUUAUGCUUGACCCUCAUAUUGUUCAUAAUAUUUGCUGUGGCGGAGCGCACCUUUAAACAACGCUUUUUAUAUGCGAAACUCUUUUCUCAUUUGACGUCGUCACGACGGGCCCGAAAGUCAAAUCUUCCGCACUUUCGCCUUAACAAGGUUCGCAACAUUAAAACCUGGCUCAGUGUGCGUUCCUAUCUGAAGAAACGCGGCCCACAACGCUCCGUCGAUAUUAUUGUGUCUGCCGCAUUUAUAGUCACGCUGCUGCUUUUAGCCUUUCUGAGUGUUGAGUGGCUGAAGGACUCGGUACAUCUGCACUCUCAUCUAACGCUAGAGGCGCUUAUGUGGUCCAUAACAAUUGGGAUCUUUUUGCUACGCUUCAUGACACUUGGAAACAAAAUCCAGCACAAAUAUCGUAGCGUUUCGGUUUUGAUAACCGAACAAAUUAAUUUGUACCUGCAGAUUGAACAAAAACCGAAGAAGAAGGACGAACUCAUGGUCUCAAACAGCGUACUGAAGCUAGCAGCUGAUCUGUUAAAGGAGCUUGAAACGCCAUUCAAGAUCUCUGGACUUAGUGCCAAUCCAUAUUUAUUUACCACAAUCAAAGUUGUCAUUCUGUCGGCACUGUCGGGCGUGCUGAGCGAGGUUCUGGGCUUUAAGUUGAAGUUGCACAAAAUUAAAAUUAAGUAGUGAGUCUUAAAAAGAGCAAAAUUGCAAACAAUUUUCAAAGCACGCAAACGCUGCUAGCAAAAUUAAUAUUUUUGUAGUACAACUUUUCGAAAUGCUUCAUGGAAUAUCUACACCAACUUAAUUACGUAUAUAGUUUAUAUAUUUACCUACUCUUUAAAUAAACCUAAGUGAUUCAGUAAA